GCUUUUCUUUAGGACAGUCACCAUAAUAAAAACCAGAAAAGAGAGUAACUUUUAAAAAAAGCUUAACAAUCUCAAAGAUGAAGUUUAUGUGGCAGAUUUUUGCAAUAUUUUAUGGAACAUAUGGCUAUCAGCUCAUUCCCAGGAUUAAAGAAUGUGGAGUCACUUGUUCACAGGGAUUUCAUUGCAAACAUCAAUUUUCUAUGGAGGCUGCGAGCAGUUUCUGCCAUCCUGCGCCUGCCUCCCUUUCUCCAGUUAAUCUUAAAAACAUGAAACUUGGGACUACAAUGAAGUGUGAAGAUCACAGGCAUUGCUCUCUCCACUUAAGUGUCAUGGCAAACCUGCAACUUAACGAAAAUAUGUCUGGUGUUCGAAUUUGUUAUCUCUUGAUGGUUACUCAAAAAACCAAGUGUGUGAAGGUGAAGAUUUCCAGGGAGCAAAAUGCCCAUCGUGAGGGAAAUAAGGUGAAAAUACAAUUUAAUUGCUUUGAAGUCAGUGUGGGACAACAUCUCUACGUAACCAUGACAACAAUUCCAAAUUAUUGUGGAGUUAAACAGACUCAAGAAUAUCAUGUUGAAGACUGCAGAAACAGCGAUGUGGGGAAAAAUAUUCCAGAUUGUUUUGUGAGCAAAAUGGCUUAUAAUGUGGACAGAACAAGAAAAAUCAUUUCAGUGAAUAUUUCAGAUGUCCAAAACACAGACUGUUAUGUUCGUUUAUGUCAUCAAAGAUUUGUAUGUGAAGAUGUGGGGCCUGUUACUUUGAUUCAGGGAAAAGACUUGACAAAAUCUGCUUCUUUGCAAUACACUCAACUGCUGCCUUGUCUCUGUAUUGAGGUAUGGCCGGCAAUUUUGGAUGCACGAAGAAUGCAGUUGUGCCCAUUCAAAAAUGAUACUAAGUCCCUGUGGGAUAAUAUUGUUUACCAAGCUGCCACACAAACACUGACUUGGGAAUCUGCCUGUCCUGUUCAUGUUACUGUCAGCCUUUGUCAACUGAUGAAGAUUAAUGAUCAGUGUGUUGAUCUAGAGGGUACUGUCAACAUUGCUGCAGAGAAAGUGAAAUAUUCCCGAGUUGAUACACAUCCAAGCCUUUGCAUCAAGUUUGCAACUGAGCACAAUGUCUGGGUUAAAUGCCCAUUCAAUCAUGGACACUUUCAAGCUUGGAAAAUGCAACUUGCUGUGAUGGGACAACAAAGAGAAGUAUCUUUCACACCACAUUUUAAAGCAGAGUUUUCAGUACUUGUAUGUAACAGGACCAACUUGCACUCAUGCAACUCUACUGGAAGCCCCAAAGCCCUUUCAUUGGAUGGAUUAAGUUUACCAUCUGUCAACAUUUCAGGGAAACCAUGUGGCUCAAAUGUCUGCAUUAAGGGAUGGAGGACAGAUGUGGACUAUUCUGUUUCUUCAUACAUCUGUGAUUUACCCUGCAACUCUUCUACUGGGACUCAAGAAUAUUAUGAAUAUUCCUUAAGCAUCCUCUCUCUCAUAGCAUUUCUUGCCAUAUUUCUAAUCAUGUUGGCUCUCCUUGGACACAAACUUUUGUCAGUUAAUUCUAGGAAGACUCAUGAAGAGAAAAGUGUAUUACACAUGAUAACACACAGGUAACCCAGUUCUGGAGAAAGAUAUGAAGUAUAUACCUCAUGCUUCUGCCUUGGAUGAAAUAGCACCAUUUGUUUUAUGUAUGAAGAAAAGCAGACAACUUAGCAGGAUGUUGUCACUUCCUCCGUCUUAAAGUAAUUGAAAGAUUUCUCUACUGUAAAUGGUUUACAUGUGUAAAUAAUCCUCUUGUGUGCCAGAGGUCUUCCUUGACUUCAGAAACAGGAAUAAUUUUUUGUGAGGCAAAUUCCUUACUCUGUGCUCUAUUGUCUCCCUUCCUGAAAUGAUUUGAUAACAAAGGAUCUUUUUGUAGACAGUUUGACUUUCUCCUAAAUCAAUGAUGGUGUCCUUUAUAUUUGUGGAACAAAGCCAUGCACAAACCAACACAAGAGCAGGAAUUGGAACCUGGACAUUUCAUACAUAAUGGACAGUUUUGUUCUCACCCUCUUGAUGACCAAUUUCGUGAAAACAAAUCAUGACGAUAAUACUAUAAGUGUAGUUCAUGGCAUUUUAAAGCACUACGGUAUCAUAUAGGAUGGAUCUAUGAUAAAAUAUGCCCUGUAAUGUAAAAAAAAGAUAUCACUGAUCUCUAUGGUUCUUUCAUGUUUUAUAUACCUUUCCCUUAAAAGUACUGCUAUGGAUAGAAACCUAAACAUGAACUGGCAUGUGACACAAUGUUUUCAGUGUUUAAAGUCCUGGGCACACUUUAGACAGAACUGGGUGCUAUUGAAUUCUGUGGGACAUGUGUCUUAUUUUAGUUGUUAUGUACAGGUUCUGAAAGAGCCUAUUACUGAUUAGUGGGCUGCUCCUAUGUCCAUCAUCUGCUUCCUAGAAUCUAAACUAGCUUUGUCAGACCAUUUCAAUGUUCAGUGGCAUUAGGGUAGCAUCUUUUCAGACUAACAAAUAUUCUGGAAAAGCAUUAACGUCUGUGAGAACAGCUCACUUAAUCAGAUUACAUGAAGUUUAUGCCUCUUGAUGUUUUGUUAGUAGGAAAAGGUGCUACCAAACUCCCAAUUUUUGGGUACCAUAGUGUUUCUCAACCUUGGAUGCAUGGAUUUCAACUCCCAAAAUUCCCCAAUCAGAAUGCAGGCUGGGGAAUUUUGGGAGUUGAAGUUCAUGUACAUCUUAAAAUUGCUGAGAUUGAGAAGCACUGCCAUAGAUUAACAUGGGUCUUCUCUUAAAGAUCCACAGGAAUGCUCCAAUUACUACAGUAUAUGACUUCUUUUCCCUCCAGCAGUCCUCUUAAAACCUUUUCACCCUACUCUACAUCAAAAUCUAAACUAGGGAAGGGAGUGUGAGGAAAAGGUAAGGAAACUAAGGGAGGAAUAUAAUAAAAAAGCAGUGGCUUAUUGAGUACUUUAAUAAGGUGGAGUUUGAUUAUAUGGUAUAUCUCCAGCUGAGCUACCUUGGCCUAAGCUAAGCUUAUGAAUGGGCUAUGUUAACUAAUCAUAUGUGGUUUUUCUUCCAAAUAAAGGAUUUGAUCUUUAGCAUUUUAAAUUAUUGCAGUAAAUAAAUACAAAAAAAUGUGUUUAUCUUUCUGAGAAAACUGUAUUAUUGGUAUUGGCCACAAGGAGAUAUUUGGGCCAUGUUUAAAUAACUUUGUAAAGUAUUUAAUAUUUAACAGAAAUCCAAAGGACAUGUGGAAACAUUAUUUUAUGUUCCCAAAUGGGUAGCUGUAGUAGUGUUUUGCAGCAAAAGAGACAGCAAGAACAUGUGUUCUUUCGUGUCAAUGUUUUAUAUAUUACUGUCAAUAUUUAUACUUGCAAAGGAAAAUAAUAAAAUACUCCGAACUCUA